CAACAUGGAGGCUCUUCGGACAGAACACGCUUUCCAAACCCUCGCCGACAAGGUAGCCAUCGUGACGGGCGGGUCUCGCGGGAUCGGAGCAGCGAUUGCCCUCGAGCUGGCCCGACGAGGAGCCAAGGUUGGUAGAAGCAAAACAAAAACGGGGACUUGCAUUAUCACUAAUGAAAAGGUCGCCAUCACAUAUACAUCAUCGAGCAGCACGAAACUGGUCGAGUCCCUGAUCGAGCAGAUCCAUGAGUUCCAUCCCUCCUCGGCUAUCGGCGUGCAGGCGGACCUGCGCGAGGUCUCGUCGCCGCAAAGGAUCGUCCAGAAAGUCCUGCAAGACUUGCACACGGCCCAUAUCGAUAUACUUGUCAACAAUGCCGGGGUAGAAAUGGUCAAGCCCUUCCACGAGGUGACAUCCGAUGACUUUGCGUUGGUAUUCGAGACCAACGUGCGAGCGCCGCUGUUGAUGAUGCAGGCGGUGCAUCCGUACCUGCGGGCUCCCGGGCGGGUCAUCAACAUUGGCUCUGUCGGGAGCCGGCAUGGGUUCCGGGAUCUGUCGGCUUAUUGUGCGUCCAAGUCGGCGCUGGAGGGGAUGACACGGUGCUGGGCGACGGAGCUGGGCGGGGCCGGCCACACGGUCAACACGGUCAACCCGGGCCCCGUGGAGACGGAGAUGAUCUGGAAGAUCCCGAAGGAGAUUGUGAAGAUGCAAAUGGACCAGACGCCCGUCGAGAACCGGAUGGCCAAGGUGGGCGAUGUGACGCAGAUUGUUGCCUGGCUGGCGGGGGGGGAAAGUGGAUGGGUGACGGGACAGGCGAUCUGCGCCAGUGGGGGGUGGGCGAUGUAUUAAGGAAAGAUAUUGCUAAGAAAUCACUGUAAGAAAUCACGAAACGCAAAUAAAUCUAAGACUAUCUGGAUCUUGUCUGUCGCUCUUCAGGAUAGGAACGGGAGUGUCGGCGACGGUGGUGAUGGCCUGUCUGGUCCUGGCGUUGUGUCGAGGGACGAUCACGGUCCCUGCGUCUUGUCCACGAGCGAGGAGGGAAUCGAAAGAGACAAAAGUAGGUUCUCAUGUUGCUUUAUGGAGGAUGAAGGGGGAGAGAGAGGCAGAAGAGGGAGAAGAAGAAGAGGGGGAAGAGGGAGAGAGAUAAGAGGAAGAAGAAGAGAGGAAAUAGGGUCAUGUGUUGUGCACAUGACUUGGUCUGC